GAUGGUUAUCAAACCUGUACGAACAUCAAAGAAAUUAGGAAAUGGAGAAGAAGAAGAAGCAUUAUUGAGUCCAAAUUCUAGACUGUUUCAUGAACCAAACUACAACGUUCACAUCAUAGCAAUCAUGGGUUGGAAAGUACCAGUUGACGUUGACGCCAUGAAAGGUGAAUUACAACACAAGGUGCUUAAACACCCACGCUUUUCCAGUUUGCAGGUUAUGGAUGAAAGUGAUGGCAAUGGAAAAAUGAGAUUGGUUCCUACGUCAGUCAACCUAGAUGAUCAUAUUACUGUCCCUGACCUGAAGCCAAACCCCAAUAAUAUGGAUACCGACAAGCUGGUAGAAGAUUAUAUAUCAAACCUAAGCACGACCACUCUUGACACGUCAAAACCUCUAUGGGAUCUUCACAUCCUUAACGUGAAAACCUCCCAUGCCAAGGCUACCUCUAUUUUCCGUUUUCACCAUUCUCUAGGCGAUGGAGUUUCCCUCAUUUCGCUUUUACUCUCUUGUUUCCGUAAAAGUUCGGAUCCUACUUCUUUGCCCACACUCCCGGUUUCUUCUUCUUCUUCUUCUUCCAAGGGCAAAUCAAAUUUAUCAAUAAGCAAUAGAAAAAAUAUUUGCUCGUUGAUAUGGCAGUACGUCGUAAAGUUGCGGUUGUUCAUCAGUCUUUUGUUCAAUACAAUUGUUGAUGUUUUGUUGUUUGUAGCGACUGCUCUGUUCUUGAAAGACUCUCAAUCACCUUUCACAGCUGCACAAGGAUUUAAGUCGUCCACUCGUCAAAGAUUUAUCUAUCGAACUGUUAGCUUGGAUGACAUUAAAUUUAUAAAGAAUGCGACAAACUGUACGGUUAACGACGUUAUGCUGGGGAUAACACAAGCAGCUUUGUCUCGUUAUAUCCACCGAAGAUACGUAGAAGUUGAAGGCAAGAGGAAGUUUUCACUAGAACGAAUGAGAUGCAGAGCCACUGUUAUAGUGAAUCUACGACCAGCUUUAGGAGUACAUGCGGUAUCUAAAAUGAUUGAAAAGAAUGCAGCAGUGAUACAAGGAAAUUGUUUUGCCUUUGUCAUAAUUCCCUUAAAUAUAGUGCAAUUAGAGAAUCCUCUCGAUUAUGUCCGCAAAGCUAAGACAACAAUGGAUCGAACGAAGCAUUCUCUUGCGUCACUGUGCACCUUUUAUGUUUUACAGUUUAUCCUCAAGUUCUUUGGUUUUAAGGGUGCGACAACUCUUGCUGCAAGAGUUGUAUCUCAAACAACACUAAUCUUUUCAAAUGUAGCCGGUCCGCUCGAAGAAGUUUCUUGGUCAGGCCAUCCAUUGGCAUUCCUUGCCCCAACAUGUUAUGGACAUCCUGGGCUAAUGGUUCAUGCGUGUAGUUAUGCCAAGCAGUUAACAUUUGCAGUAGCAGUCGAUGAAGGAUUAAUUCCAGAUCCGAACCAGCUUGGGGAUGAUUUUGUCGAUGCAUUAAUGCUUAUCAAAGAGGCUGCCCUCUCAAAAUUCAGAACUAAGAUUGAUUAGCUUAUUACACAAUU